CGUGUUUGUUUAUAUUUUCCACGCGUUCCAAAAGUUAUAGAAGUAAAAUUAAAUUUAUAAGAAAAAAUGUCUAUAGAUUAUGGAAAUCUAUGUUCGGUGAUAUUAAAGCAGUGUUUCGGGGAAACAGUGCAACUGGUGGGCGAUUGUUUAUUUGCAGCAAAUGCCAGAACUUUGAGUAAUAUAGCAAAGACCACAAAGUUAAGCCGGCGAGAGGUGUCCACUGCUUUGGGUAUUUUAAUAAAAUAUCAAUUAAUAAACUUCCAAGCCAAUGAAGUUAAUGCUUUUGUUGCUGAAUAUACUCUUAAAAGGGAGGAAAUUUUGUAUAUAUUGCGUUAUUCCAGAUAUGUUCAUCUAAUACAAACUAUGUAUGGUUCAGUUGGCGCUGCCAUUGCCGAAGAAUUGCUAUACAGUGGCUCACAAACUGCUUCUAAUACCUUGUUAAAAUGCAUGGCCAACAAUGAAAUCACUGAAAAAGCUGAGACCAUACGUGACACAUUUUUUCAAAUGAUACGAGACAACUAUUUGAUUAAGCUACCCAUGUUGGUGACCAGCGAGACUGGUGAACCGGAUGCUGUGCCAAAGUUACACAUUGAAGAUUAUGAUUUAUUUAAUCCUCCUGACAUUGAUUUACCCACUUUGGCCAAAAUACAUAAUGGUGCUUUGCCGGCAACUCAGUUAAAAGAUACAGGUGUAUUUUGGCAAUUGAAUUUCAAACGUUUUCAUCAGGACUUUCGUGAUAGCCUUAUGAUAUCAGCCGUUGAGCGGAAACUAGGAGCCAGUGCAGGCGAAUGUUUUAAGUUCAUAUUGAAGCAAAUGUAUGAAAGAACAGAUCCCUGGCAAAGGCAAUACUCGAAUCCCUUUACCGUGGUUGAAGUUAAACAACAGGUGGAGAAAAACUCUAGUAAUUUGGAUUUAUUGAGACAUCUCGAGAAAUAUGUGGCUUUAAUCGCUGACGAUUCCCUUCACUUCAUACGUAAAAUCGGUGAAAUGGGUGGCGGUCAAUAUGUGGUGGAUAUGGCUCCUGCCUUCGAGUCUUUGGCCUUGGCCUGUAUAGAAAACGUUAUCACCGAGCGUUUUGGUUCAAAAGCCUCACGCAUAUUUCGUGUGGUUCGUAUGAAAAAAUAUAUCGAACAAGAGGAGUUACAAAAGGAAGCCAUGAUACCAGCCAAAGAAGCAAAAUUAUUGUCCUACAGUUUGUUUCAAGAACAAUUUUUACAAAUUAAAACCAUACGCAAAGCAGGUGGAGGCGGUACAGGACCAGCCAAAGCUUUCUAUUUAUUUUAUUUGAAACACAAACAGAUUACCAAAAUGUUGCUGGAUAUUUGUUUUAAGGCCUUGUACAAUGAUAUAACACGCUCCAAUUACGAAAAGAAUGAACAUAAACGUUUGAUUGAGAAAUCUCAAAAAUUGGAUAGUAUUGUGGCCACCAUGAAGGAAAGAGGAGAAUCUGAGGAGUAUAUUGCUGAGAUACUGGAAACUCUAACGCCGCCCGAACGAGAAAUUUUGGAUAAAGUUAAAAAUCGCAUUAAGACAUUAUCCAAAGCUGAAUUAUCUCUCGAUGAUACAAUAUUUCUAUUACAAAUGUACAUCUAUCACUCUGCUCCCACCUAUGUGGUGGCAACAAACAAAAAAGCAUCAUCAAAUCAAUAAAUUUUUUGUUCUUCGCCAUUCUUAAAUAUCGUAACAUCAGUUUUUACAUUAUUUUUAUUUUUUUU